AUGUUUUUUUUUUUUUUUUUUUGUUAUUUUUUUAUACCUGAAUUAAUUUUUAAUCCUUUUUUUUUGUUGCAGGAAUUAAAGGGAGGACGAUCAUUCCAAAAAUUAGGUUUCAGUGAUUUAAAUUUAGCAGAAUUCGCGGGAGCCGGACAUUCUGUUAGAAAAUGUUUAUUGGAAGGUUACGACACGCGACACAGACAAGAUAAUUCAAUGCUCAAAGUCGCCAUUACAAUGAACAUGCUAUCCGGUGAUAUUUUAUUUAAAGUGCCAUCGACAACAGCCAAGCAAAACCAAAUAAUAGCAUCACAGGAUGGAAAGGAAAGGAGAGAAGAUUAUUCGAGCGGUUCGAUAGCAAGCGGAAGUUCUGGUUUUGGUAGUCUUCCCAAAAAGAGAUCACCUUUAUUUUCUUCCGUUUUAAAAGAAGGUACGAGAGAAAAAAAAUUAGGUACGAUGGUACAAAUUAUUUUAACAACGGCGAUAUCUCGGUUCGAACUCGUAUCGGGUUCUCUUCCGUCAGAGACGUUUGCCGAGACGGGGUCAGAAAAUGUGGUCACGUUAGAGCCGCCGAUACAACCGGACGAAACACACGAACCUGGUCAUUCUAGAAAUUCAUCGAACACGAGUCAAAUGAGUCGAGCUUCGGGGUACAGUUCACUAAAUAGUCAGUCACAACAUUCUAGGCAAAGCAGUUCGGGAGAUUCCGGACAUAUUAGGUAG